AUGCUAGAAAGCCGACUCCAGCGCAAUCCAGAUUUGAAGGCUCAAUACGUGAAUUUCAUCCAAGAGUAUCAGAGGCUCGGUCACUGCCGAGAAGUCAACGAGACCAACGACGAUCUAAACCGACGAGGAUAUUACAUGCCUCAUCACGCAGUUCUACAACCAAGUCCAUUGGAGGAUAACAACAUCAACCAGGUGAUAAAGAUCCUCGGUUUGUUAUGGGACCCUACAACAGAUGAACUGUUUCUCGCUGGAAGCAUGGAUUUAUUCAGAGACGCCAGCUUACAGUGGACAAAAAGACGCAUUUACUCCGAGGUAGCAAGGCUAUUCGACCCACUUGGAUUAUAUUCACCAACCAUUGUUCUCGCCAAGCUGUUGGUACAGCAGUUGUGGCGCAUCAAGCAAGAUUGGGAUGAUCCCAUAAACCAGCAAAUCGCUCAUCAAUGGAACAAGCUACGACAACACCUACAUCAUUUGAAGCAGUGUUCGAUUCCACGGCAAGUAACCCUUAGAGAAGCCGUACGAUACGAACUCCAUGGUUUUGCAGAUGCUUCAGCGGUGGCAUAUGGAGCAUGUCUGUACGUCAGGAAUAUUUUUCCCGACAACACAGCGACAUGCCGAUUGCUGACAAGCAAGUCAAAAGUUGCUCCUCUGGACGACUUAUCGAUUCCGCGCAAAGAGUUGUGUGCUGCUCAACUAUUAGCCCGUUUGCUCGACAAAGUGAUAUCAACCAUCAACGUAAACUUUAAGCUAAUAAGUAAAUUAACACAAAAUUACGAGUGGAGACAUGUUCCGUCCCAGCUAAACCCAGCAGAUAUUAUCUCGAGAGGUCAACUGCCAUUCACUCUUACAGAGAAUAGAGUAUGGUGGAAUGGUUCCGACUUUCUCAACGAAUCGAUCAUCACCAUGGAACCAUGCGAAGAAGUUUCCGAUUCUGAACUACCCGAAUUAAAACCUGCGAUCAUAUCAACGAUUGUAAUCAUCGAGCUACAGUUACCAGUUUUCGAGAGGUACAGUUCCUUCCGCAAGCUACAAAGAGUCAUUGCAUGGAUUCUUCGCUUCGUGAACAAUUCGAGGAAGCAGAAAACCAAUCGUAUACUUGAAAAACGACUAAACACCGACGAACUGCGUCAAUCAAUGCUAGUAAUAGUGCGAGUAAUUCAACACAUCGAAUUAGGAGAUGAAAUUCAGCGUCUACAAUCGAACCGACCAUGUAAACGAAUUGGAUCACUUAACCCCAUCUACGCCAACGACGUCUUACGAGUGGGUGGACGCCUUAACAACGCGCAUAUUCCUGACGAAUCUAAACAUCAGCUUAUUUUGCCGCAUACCAACUCUGUUACUAAGCUGCUUAUCCGGACGAUGCAUAUUGAGCAGCUCCAUGCUGGUCCCACAGGAUUGCUAGCAGCAAUUUGUCAACGUUUCUGGCUGACUAAUGCACGGGCGACAGUACGAAAUGUAACCAGAUCGUGUGUAAAGUGUUUCAAAGUGAAUCCGUCCAACGAAAUACAACUAAUGGGUCAGUUACCAAAGCAAAGAGUUACUCCUUCGCCAAUAUUCAGCAUCGUGGGAGUAGACUACGCUGGACCUAUCAUAGUAAAGCAAGGCACCUAUCGACCAAAAACAAUCAAGGCAUACAUUGCUGUGUUUGUAUGUCUUUCAACUAAGGCUAUCCAUUUGGAGUUAGUCUCCGACUUGACAACAGAGGCCUCCAUCGCGACACUACAAAGAUUUGUCAGUCGAAGAGGAAUUCCAACUGAAAUCCAUUCCGACAACGCAACAAAUUUUCAUGGGGCCAAACAUGAACUACAUCACCUCUAUGAAUUGUUUCGCCAAGAAACCGAAAUCGAUCGCAUCGUCCAGUUUUGUCAAACGAAGGAAAUAAAGUGGAACUUUAUUCCGCCAGACGCUCCAGAGUUUGGAGGACUUUGGGAAGCAGCCGUAAAAUCGACGAAGACGCACCUGAAACGAGUUAUUGGAAACGCAGUGCUUACAUUCGAGGAAAUGACUACAACCUUAUGCGAAAUCGAAGCAAUUUUGAAUUCUCGUCCAUUGUUUGCUGUAUCAAAUCAUCCUGCUGAUCCUGAGGUAAUCACUCCGGCACAUUUCCUGAUUGGACGUCCUAUGAAUGCGAUUCCAGAACCAUCAUGUAACGAGGUCAAAAUCAACCGACUCUCCCGCUGGCAACAUUGUCAGCUUAUGCGUGAACAUUUCUGGCGAGUGUGGUCAAAAGACUACCUCAUGAGUUUGCAACCUCGAAAGAAAAAUUGGAUGACGAUUGAUAACGUGAGACCAGGUAUGGUGGUUCUACUACACGACAAGACUCGGCCCCCAUUAAUUCGGAAACUAGGCCGUGUGACAGCUGUACAUCCCGGUCCAGAUGGUUUAGUUCGAGCUGUGGACAUCCUAAGCGAAGGAAGCGUCUACAGACGUCCCAUCACGAAGCUAUCAAUUCUACCCAUAGAAGAUAAUCAACGCUUACGCAAAAAAUCAGCAUAA